AAUCGGCUUCGUUAAUCUAAAAUAGCUCUAGAGAGGUUAGGGUUACACGCUCCUUCCUCCUACUUUGGGGUCAAUUUUACUGAUCGAAUUUUCGCGUGAUUUAUAGUUCUCAGGCUUGACGAUCUGUAACUAUGGCGGCAGAGCAGAAGGCGACGACUGAAGAAGUAAAGAUGGAUCUGUUCGAGGACGACGAUGAGUUCGAGGAGUUUGAAAUUAACGAAGAUUGGGUUGAGAAAGAGGAAGUGAAGGAAGUAGGCCAGCAGUGGGAAGAUGACUGGGAUGAUGAUGAUGUCAAUGACGACUUCUCGCUUCAGCUGAGGAAGGAACUUGAGUCUGAUAAGAAAUGAAUGAGCGAGCAGCUCUCAAGAUUAAGAUUGUUAUUUGAAUUGCAUCCUUUUUUUUCAUUGUUGCUUCUACUUUACAACCCUUUGCACAUUUGUACUCUUGGAUGCAAAUUCCUCCCUAUCUUUUAAGAUGAUGAAUCUUAUGUGCUAAAUAGAUGUUGGAUUCUCUA